GCGCCGGAUGUUUGUAUCUGAUUGGCAGAGCCCUUCUCCAGCCUUCUCCGCAAUGCCGGCCGCCUUCAUGGUUCCUUUCUCGACCUGACAUUCACCAUGUCUCCACCCACGGACAUACAGGACGACGUCGAAUACGAGGAGAAUGAUCCAUUUAAUCGUGACGCUGACGAUAUUAAUGCGCCUUUGCGUCCUGAACCAACUCGUUCCAUCUAUGCUCUAACACGCCAAGAAAUAACAAAAGGACUCGCCAACCGAUUUGUUCACUCACGGACAUAUAUCAUUCUGUAUCUUGGAAUGGCUGCGUUGUCAACGGGUUGUCCCGGUCUCCCCUUCUAUAUUCUUGAAAUUAUCAUCAAUGUGGCGAUGAUACUUGAAGUUGGUGUACGUUUCGUUGCAUUUGGACGUCAAUUCUGGAAAUCACCGUUCAAUGUUGUAGACCUCAUUCUCACCGUCUUCUGUGCUCUUACCUUGCUAGUACUUGCAUUUGCCUCAUCGUGUGGGUCCACUAGCAAAGAGGAGGAACUCCUGGACACGCUGCUGCUCGUUGCUCGAAAUGUCCUUCAAUUCAGUCGUCUCGCUGCGGUCAUGAGACAAUCGGGGCAGUCUAUAUUCUCGCGGCCGAAGCCCAUCGACAUCAAUGCUGCACGGCGAUACAACCUUGAUAUUGAUAUUGACAGUGAUGAGGAAGAAGACGCUGAACUUGGUCAGCCACUAGUGCGAAACCCCGUACUGUUCGAUGCGAGUUCAGGGCAACGACCGCAAGGUAGAAAUUCUACUAUGUCCGCCAUGCCUCGAGCUGCGGAAGCUGCGCGAGAUAGAGAUACUGAAGAUGUAUGGGCGGAGCUGGGAUAGAGCCCAGUAAGGGUGCCUUUGGAGCUUCCUCGCGGGAUUUGCCAAGUUAGUGCGCAUUCAACCUCAGCGAUCAUGCCGCUCAGGUGGAUCCAGGGCUCGGAUUAUUAUAUUUUCCCGGGAAUUGAUGGUGAUACUCCCACAGCCCGGCCUGGUGUAGUAUAGGAUUGUAUUAUUUGGGUAUGAUGGACGUCGUGAGAAGAGGAUAGACGAGUCAAUUUGACGACAAUCGAUAGACGGAAUCUUCUCAAUAUAUAUGUUUUCUGCUUCCGAGGGGAGCUUAGGGACCGCCGGACAGAAUCGCAUGAUUCGCCUGAUGGGACGUAAAAUUACCUUUUUCAGAU